AUGAACCACAUCAUCGAAGUCAACGAAGAGUUUUCAUAUGCUGUGGUGGAGCCUGGUGUGACUUUCACCGAUCUUUACAACUACUGUGUUGAGAAUAAGCUAUCUGUAUGGCCUAGUGUCCCAUCUCUUGGCUGGGGUAGUGUCGUGGGAAAUACACUCGAUCGAGGCACCGGUUUCACCCCAACCGCAACCCACCACCAGAACAUCAGUGGAUUGGAGGUUGUCCUGGCAAAUGGAGACGUUGUCAGAACUGGCCAAUUCGGGAUUUCAAAUUCAAAAGCAGCUCACCUGUCCAAGUUCUCUUUUGGUCCAUCAAUUGAAGGCCUUUUCCUUCAGAGUAACCUUGGAAUUGUCACUAAAAUGGGAAUUUGGUUAUAUCCUCAACCACCUGCGUACGCAUCAUGCACGAUCGACUUGCCAAAUUUGGAGGACGUGGAACAGCUCGUUGAUCUCUUCAACAAGUUACGCCAGAACGGCGUUGUCCCCAAUACCUUCUACGUCUCAUCUCUGACAGAAUUUGUUGCAAUGACAGGGACGCGGGAAAAGGCCUGGUCUGGACAAGGCCCAAUCCCUCUUUGGCGUCUUCGUGAGUUGCAGAAAGAACUAGAUGUGGGAUUUUGGAAUGGAAAGUUUGGUCUUUAUGGUCCACUUGAGGUGGUGGAAGGCCAUGUGCAGGCAAUCAAACGUCUCGCUGCUGAACGCCUUCCGACAGCUCGUUUCCAGAGCAAGGUAUUCAGCGGUAAAGAUGGAAAGCCUCUGAAAGCAGAGGAUGUGCCACCCGAGGAAGGUGGAUUAUUCGUGGGCGUUCCCUCAUUAUGGAGCUUGCCCAUGAUCAAAUUCAGACUCCCUGAGAAGGGUGGUGGUGUUGCUGGUCAUAUUGACUAUUCUCCUAUCAUUCCGAGCUCAGGAAAAGCCGUUCUGGAGUGGGUGAAACUUUCACAAAAAAUCUGCGAGGACAAUGGCUUUGAUCUUUUCUGUGAUUUCUUCAUGCACGAGCGCCAUGUCAUCUUUGUCAACUUCAUGACCUUCGACAAAGCUAAUCUCACCCACCGCGUAUCCAUGAAGGAGAUUUUCCGUGGACUGCUCAAGGAGGCUAAAUCCCGAGGCUACAGUGCCUAUCGAACGCAUUUGAAUUUCAUGGAUGCUGUGGCUGAUUUCUACGACUUCAACAAUUACGCUUAUCGUCGCUUUGUGGAACACCUGAAGGAUUCUAUCGACCCUAAAAGCAUUCUCUCUCCAGGCAAGCAGGGGAUUUGGGGUCGUCGGUUCCGACGAAACGAUAAGCUCCGGGGCCUUCUUUGA